GUCUUAUUUGGAGGCGCCAGGUUUCUCAAAUUCCUCCAAUUUUUUCGAUAUCGCCGAAUCCCAGCCACUUCGCAGCGGCUAAAGUCUCUCCGCAUUACCUCCCGAAAUCCGUCCGAUAAUCUCUCCGGUCUACGGCUGCAGCGGCAGAGUCGAAACCGGACGUUGAUGAUCUGAUAAAAUACCGAUAAAAAUAUAUAUACAUCGCACGCGAAUCACGAUGCGAGUCGUUGUUGAUCCUUUGAUCGUCCUGGUCUUCCUCCUCGCCGACACCGGGCUUCGAGUCCACUCGGCACCGGCUACGACCUACGAUCAGCAACAAACUGGCGGACUCAACUUCCAGCUUCACCUCAAGGAUAUUCAAAUCGUCGCUCUACUGGACUCUGGUCUCCUGGGGGAUUAUUCAGGGGAUUACGACUACGCCUACGAUUACACCGAUUUCACGGUAAAACCAACGAUAACUCCGAGCCCAACGACGAUUAGUCCUAGUACCCUGGCGACUUCCAUCAAACCUUGGCACACCUGGCCAACGAUCGCACCCUCUGCCACGGUGACCGAAGCGACCGCGUCGAAAAUUCCGGAAACUCCGAGCGAAGAGGGACCUCACGCCUCGGAAUCUCCAAAGCCCGUCGAAAAACCAACAGAAGUCGCGAUAGAAUCAAAGCCUGCGGAUAAGGAUAAGGACGAGGAUUCUGACCAACCCGCUGAAACUGCGUCCGCAUUAUCGUCAGACGAAUCGGUAAAAGAUCCCGAGUCGUCGUCCGCGGUAGCGACAAAGGCGUCGGCUGCGACGUCGGAUCACGAGUUGGUACCUCUGCUCGAACUUGCUCAUCCAACGUCUGAGAAGAAAAUUUCAUCCGGAAUAAAUAAGGAGAAGAUCGUGGCCGACAAGGAGUCGACACCUGCGGCACAGAUCCCCGAUUCUGUAUUGAAAUCCAGUUCUCCGGCCCAAGGUGAUUCCGCAUCCGCAUCCGCGCCCGAAUCUUCCGCCGAUGCAACCGUGGAAUCGGGAAACGGCGAAGCGUCGACGGAUCAGAGCCAAAAAGGUCAGAAAAGAUGCAGUCCGGGUCAGACCCGGGACCAGAAGGGACGAUGCCGUCUUCACAUUCGCCGCAGAGUCGCCUCUUCGCUACUGCCAUUCGGGAUCAGACUGGCACCGAAAUUACAUAGACGCAGGGACCUUCAUUUACCGUCCAUGAUUCCGACCAAUGAUGAAUAUUAACGUCGUUGUUGGGAUUCAUUUAUGGACGUUCGCUACUAACGAAGAAUAACUCUGUAAACAAAAUCAUUAUAAUUCCUACACUAUAUGUUACGCAUAAUUUUAAGAUUAAAAUUAUACCUAUACCCAGAAA